CAACGAGUAUCAGUGGCAUUCAGUGAGAAUGAUUUGGCACUUGCUUCUUGCAGUUCUAGUGAUUUCAGCUGUUGAGAGUGCGCGUAUUAAAGGGAAUCAUUCAACCACAGUCGACCUGCUCCACCAUUCAUCCCUUCAAGGUGAUGGCAAGCAUUCUGGUCUCGAGUAUCCCCUGGCUGUGGAUAAACGAGGAUUUGUGUGGAGAUUUUGGUGGGUCUGUCUGAUAACACCGAUUUUUUGUGGAUUAACUUUAACUUUGGAAAUCUGAUGUACUUAGUCGGUUGGCGACAACCACUGCGUACAACAUUUGAUAUCUAAUAAAAUGGGUUAUUAAUGGA